AUGCGCAAUACUGCAGAACGCUCUUUCCGGUUACGAAUCAUGACGGAUAUUGACACCGAUCUUCGCACGAUCGUCGUUUCAGAAGAUCAGAAGCAGUUUACCGACCUCGGUAUCAAGCAGCUAUGCUUUGGUCAAAAAGUGAUCGGAGCCGAUGGCAAGCCCAAGGUGAAUUUGAUCUGGAGAAGCGAUCACAAGGCUCCAACAAUGGCAAUUUCAUGGAGGGUGAAGUACGGUCUUAAUUGGACCAAGACCGAGCCAACUGUCGGUCUCGUUGUUACAGAGGGGGGGCAUUGGAAGGACUGUCAUUUGGGAUCCAACUAUAAUCUCAACAAAGAUGGAUAUUUUGACAUCGCUCCCGGAGGCACGCCUAACGAGAUCUCCAUUCUCGACAAUGCUCACGAACCGGUCUACCCGAUCCUUGGACUUUGGGAUGAGAAGUCCAAGCAAUAUAGGCCGGCCUAUGUGGACCCCACCACUCUGGACACCCACGGCAACGCUCAGUACCAGCCUCAAUCCGAGAAUGAGACCUGGUUUGCUGCCAGAGUCCAGACCUCUGAAAUGAUUUCUUCCACCGGAACAGCCGUUGCCAAAUUCAACACUGGCAUCAUCAACCCGAACACGAACGACUAUCUAUGGAACACCACCUACGAGCCCCUGUCGGGAGUUUGGUCGGGUGAUAACGAGCCAUCUGCGUCGACGGCCGAAGUCGGCGACGCCUUCGCGCGCUUCAUUGUCAGGUUUAACAAGUCAGUCCCGGUCAACAAGUGGAUCAAAGCGUCAGCAGACGUGAAGAUCGACCUCGAGAAGAAGUGGGGAACACCGGUCACGGUCAAUUGGCUGACCAAAUUCCUGGUAGAGAUCAAAUUCAAAAGCAAGGAUGGUAUGGAGGUCCCCCGGAAUACCCCCACGGAGGUAGACAUCCGUGCGGCUUUCAAGGCUGCCUCGCAAAGUGGCGACUUCGCUCCCGAUGACUCCAUUGAGAUCGCCGAGCUUGAGUGA